UCGUCAUCGCCACCAUCUUGAUUCUGUUGUUCUAUCUCUGGUUCAGACGUCAUGACCCACGUCUACCGCCAUGUCCGGUCAGACCACUGCCUGUAGUUGGUCAUCUGUUGUCUCUGGACAAAGACCCCAGGGAACAGUACAAGAGAUGGAGGCAGCAGUGUGGGGACAUCUUCAGCUUGCAACUGGGUGGGAAAUUUGCCGUGGUGCUGAACGGAUACUCGCUGAUCUACAAGACUUUGGUGAAGCAGGGCGAUGACUUCAGUGCAAGGCCUCAAGCAUUCUUUGAUGAGGCGACUGGAUUGGUUGGACUGGGAAUUGUUUUCACUGACGGCGAGUUUUGGAAAGAACAAAGAGGCAAAACUAUGCAGAUCUUGAGAAGUUUGGGCAUGGGGAAAAACGUCUUGGCGCAGAGGAUACAAGAGGAGGCUGAGUUUUACAUCAAAGCCCUGACUGAUCUCAAAGGCAAGCCAACGAACAUCACAGACCUUACCUAUGCUUGUGUAUCCAAUGUUAUCAGUUACGUUGUAUUUGGGCACAGGUUUGAGUAUAAAGACCCGAGGUUUUUAAACGCUCUUCAGGCAAUGAGAACAGUCUUAAACAAUUUAGAGGUAACUUCAGUGUUGAAUUUUCUUCCUUUUGUGCGUUAUUUACCUUUUGAUUUAACCAAAGGCAAGGAAACAAAAUCAUCCGUCGAUCGCAUCCUCAGCUUUGUUAAACGCGAAAUAGAAGACAUCCAACAGGGUAAAGUGCAGAAGGAAAACUUUAUCUCAGAGUUUUUAAAUGAUAGAAAUGGCCUAUUAGAAAAAGACAACAAAACAACAUUGGACGAUGAAAACCUCGUAAAAAUUGUAUACGAGUUAUUUUUUGCCGGAUCUGAAACGACUACACAGACAAUAAUUUGGUGCAUCGUAUACACACUCAACUAUCCGGAGGUUCAGGAGAAAAUCCACAGAGAAAUUGUUGAAAAUGUUGGAACUGACCGGGUGCCCACCAUCUUGGACAGACCAAAACUGCCGUACAUUGGUGCCGUUAUCAUGGAAACAUUAAGAUUUUCUUGUAUGGUUCCCUAUUCAGUUCCCCAUUCAUGUUACAGAGAUGUUGAAGUUAACGGUUACACAAUUCCAAAAGGAACCUUCAUCAUUCCAAAUUUAACAUCCAUUUUACACGAUGAAAAAAUCUGGGGAGAAGACGUCAUGUCAUUUAGACCUGAAAGAUUUCUGGACGUCAACGGGAAACUGAAAAAUCCCGAAGAAUUUGUCGCGUUUUCUCUCGGACGACGCGUAUGUUUGGGCGAAUCGUUGGCCAACAUGGAGCUCUUUAUAUUUCUCUCUUCCAUGUUCCAGAGAUUUGAGAUGAAGCCAGAGGACCCAGGAUGCCUUCCUUCAAUGGAAUCUACUCCUGGUUUUACGACCAAUUCGUUGCCAUUUAAAGUGAGAUUUGUGCAGAGAUACUAAUUUAUCUUCUAGUGAGAUUUGUACUGAGGGAGCAAUCUACUUAAUUUUUUUUUACUGUGGAUAUUCAAUUUAUACU